AAGCGCUCCUCGUCACGUACCCGCAACCCCCCUUCGCGUCCCACCACCCCUCUCCGCCCGACCUCUCGCUCCUCCCUCCGCGAUUCAACCCGACAAGCCACCCUCGCGGCCUCGCAAAGCGCCGUCGACGGCGGGUUUCCCCUGGAUGCGCUCGAGCCGCGGUUUGCGGAGCUGUCGGACGCGAUGGGGGACCUGGAGGCCAACUUCAUGCACCUGCAGAUCAUGCACGAGAGCUUGGGUCGGUUCAGCGAGGACUUUGCGGCGUUUUUGUAUGGGAUGAAUAUGAAUGCGUUCUGUGUGGACUAUCCAGAGGCUCCGAUUCCAGAGUCGUUCAAGCGAGCCAGUCAACGUCAACCGCAGGAGGAAGGUCCGAUGUCAAGAGAACCCGAUUCAGAUGCAGAGGCAACGUUCUUGACUACCGAUACGUCCUUCGUCGACAAUCCACCUACAUCGUCGAAAGCAUCUUCGAGGUUCAUGACCCCCGGCCCAAGACGCGCGGGAAUUGGACGCGGAGGACCUACGAGAGGGACAGGACGCGGCUCCGCCGCUGCACGAGGGCCCUCGACUAGAGCGAGUGGCCUGGCACGAGCGACGACUCGAGGAAGAGGC